AUGGCUUUCAGUAAAGAUGGGCUCAAGGUGUUGGAAUCCAUUGCCGACACAGUUUUUGGAGAACUGUCGGCAUCAGAUACUGCUGAACUGGUGAAUUUAUACGCUAGAUCUAGUAGAGGAACUCCAAAAGCCUCUGUCAGAAGUUUGGAGGAUAUGGUUGCUUUUUCAAAGCUCAAGGCUUCGGAUUUCGAUGUAGUCCAGGAUCUUGUAAAGAAAUUGCAAAUGUUCUUGCCGAAGACUACUUUGAUGGGCAUGAGCUUCAUAUUGUCAAUGCUAUCCACCUCUGCGGGCAAUUACAUGUUGACUGGAUAUGCUCAACCAUUUCAAACAAUGAGCCUGGAAGACCGCACUGGAGCUCUGCGCUACCUUGGUAAAAUUGGUCGAAAAGGGACCUUCAUUCCUGUCAUCGACAGCACUUUAGCGGCACUGUUUAUGGGAUUUACUGCUGGUAUUAGUCUGUCUGUCUACUCUGUAUUGAACGAGAAGCGAGAGAACCCAGUCUGGAAGGCCAUUGGGUUUCCUGGUGCUGAUCCAGUAAUCUUUGAGCGUUUGGCUGGCAGAUCGGCAUACCCUACUCAAUAUCCCUUCAAAUUCUUGGAUGUUCAAGGACACAACAAUAGCACUGUCGUACUUCAUUAUGAUGCCGUAGUGAUUGGAAGUGGCGCUGGUGGUGGAAUUGUCGCUGCGGAACUCUCAACACAAGGCUUGAAAGUACUCGUUCUUGAAAAGGGUAUUCUCUUUAAGCCGGAAGACAUCACGACAAUGGAAGCAGAUGCAUUGCCGAAUCUAUAUGAGAAUGGAGGUGUGGUUUCUACAGAGGACGGGAAUGUUGGAAUUCUGGCUGGCAGCAGUUUUGGUGGAGGAACUACCAUCAACUGGAGUGGAAGCUUAAAGCUACCACAAUGGGCUCGUCAAGAAUGGGCUGACGAACAUGGUCUCCCAUUCUUUGCCAGUGCCGAAUACGAAAAGAAUUCUGUAUUAGUAUUAGAAAGAGCUGGAGUGUCCACAAAACACAUCAAACAUAAUGGAUCAAACCAGAUCUUGAUUGAUGGAUGCAACAAACUGGGACUCCCAGUUCACGACAUUCCACAAAAUACUGGUGGUCACACGCAUUCUUGCGGGUUCUGCCAUUACGGUUGUCCCGCUCAAGAAAAGCAGGGCGCUGUUGCUACAUGGUUGAAAGAUGCUGCCAAUGCUGGUUGCCACUUCUUAUUGCGUGCUAAUGUGCGCCAUGUAAUUCAUCAAAACGGCAAAGCUGUUGGUGUUGAUGCCCUUGUAACCACUAAAACUGGGACUGCAAGAGUUGUUAUUAAGGCUCUAACCGUAGUCGUGUCGGCCGGAUCGCUUAAUACGCCUGCCAUCCUGAAGCGCUCGGGUCUUAAGAACAAGCACAUUGGAAAGCACUUGAGAUUACACCCAGCUAUCGGCGUAGCUGCUGUCUUCCCCGACAGAGAAGUCAGGGGCUUCGAUGGAUCCAUUAUGACUGCAUGCUGUGACGCUGAAGAAAAUCAAGAUGGAAAAGGCUACGGAGUGCGAAUCGAAGUGCCUGUCCAUUUCCCUUCCAUUCUCUCUACGUUGAGCGUGUGGAGAAGUCCUUUGGACCACAAGUCAUUCAUGAUGUUCAUGGACAAGAUCUCAAUGAUCGUGCUGCACUGUCGAGAGCGAUACUCUGAAGGUGAAGUCAACAUUGACAGCGAAGGAAACCCGUUGUUCAAAUAUACAUUGGAUCCACAUGACGCCAAACAUUUGACCGCUGGUCUAGUCGCCUCAGUCAAGAUUCUCGCUGCUGCUGGAGGACAACAGAUCACCACAUCGCAAUUACGCGUAGAUCAAUACAAGAAGGAUUUCGAUGAUUCAAGAGAUACUCUGGAAACUCCUGAAUUCCAGAGGUAUGUGAACGGUGUCGCUACGGAAGGAAUCAAUAUGGGAUGGACACGAAUCUCUUCUGCCCAUCAAAUGGGAUCAUGUAGAUUGAGCUCAAGUCCUGAACGAGGUCCUUUGGAUCCUGAAGGUCAAACUUGGGAGGUCAAAGGGCUCUGGGUGGCGGACGCCUCCACCCUCCCUACUGCAUCUGGAGUGAAUCCUAUGGCUACCGUUUGGUCGAUCGCUUACUCGAUUGCCCAAAACAUCAAACAAGGCCUCAAGGUCACUGAUUCGCCUUCUGCCUCUGCCUCUGCUUCUGCUCGAUUAUAG